GAUUUCGAAUCAUCACUCGCUCAUGUGGUAGAAUUUUACCAAGAUCUUUCAAAAUGGGCAUGAUGGACUUCGACUUUUUGAACGAUGUGAAGCGGAUGAAUAAAAGACAGCUGUAUUACCAAGUGUUAAACUUUGGUAUGAUCGUGUCUUCAGCAUUAAUGAUCUGGAAGGGAUUGAUGGUCGUCACAGGCAGCGAAAGUCCCAUCGUUGUUGUACUAAGUGGCAGCAUGGAGCCAGCAUUUCACAGAGGGGAUCUUUUGUUUCUCACAAACUACAAAGAAGAGCCGAUCAGAGUUGGGGAGAUUGUCGUAUUCAAAGUCGAGGGCAGGGAUAUACCCAUAGUACACAGAGUGCUCAAAAUUCAUGAAAAGGAAGACGGAUCUGUGAAAUUUUUAACAAAGGGAGAUAACAACUCUGUGGAUGACCGAGGGUUAUACGCCCCUGGUCAGCUCUGGCUGCAGAAAAAGGAUGUAGUGGGCAGAGCAAGAGGAUUUGUUCCAUAUGUCGGUAUAGUGACGAUAUUGAUGAAUGAUUACCCUAAGUUUAAGUAUCUGAUCUUAGCAUGUUUAGGUCUAUUCGUACUCAUCCAUAGAGAGUAGACAGGGUAUAAUUGGUCAGUAAACAUCAGGUGCUUAAGGUGUGUAAGGUGUUGGGAAGAAGGUGUGCUCCACCUAGUGGCAGACAGAGGAUUCAACGGAAGGCAACACGUACCCUGCAGGUGGAAAUUCAGCAUUCACUUUUGGAGAGGUAGACAGGUUCAGAAAUUGAGAUAAUAUAUGUAAGAAUUGAACGUCAAGGAUGUAAAAGGAAUAAAUCGAAAUUAUGUUAAUUUGGAUUUUGGGUGAUGAGAGAUUUUAUUAAUAUUUUGGGAAAAAACGAAUAACUUUAAACUUUGGGUGGUCCACAAUUUGGAUGCAGGAAACUUCAUUGCCCCGUUUGUUGUUCGGUUGUUGUUGUUGUGAGAAUUGUAGCACACAAAUCAAAAUCAUGUCAUGUUCACAUUUCGUCUACUCUCUGCUCUUUUUGUCGUAAUAAAAUUAUUCUUGUC